AUGGACGCGUUUAUUGGAAACAGAUUUUCAUGCUUGUUAAUGUUAAUGUUCUUCAAUCAGUUUUAUCUGGUUGAACAAGAAAACAAGAGAGAAUCACGAGCUGCAAUGGAGGCCGUCGUACAAAAUGAAGAAGUUGAAAAUUUGAAGAAAGAUCUUUUCUUAUAUAGAGAAUUAAUGGUCCAAGCAUUUUGGGGGUUGACAACAGUGGACAUUGGACGUUCAAUUAUUAUCUCUCUAUUCAGUUUAGCAUUCCUUGGAUUGGUUUAUUUUUUUAGCCCAUCAUUUGUGACAAUUGUUAGUCUGGUCGGAAUCAUCUAUUUCACAUCAGACUUGUUGAGGCAGAAAGUCCUCUCUGUCAUCCGACAAAAUUCAGAAUGGUUGAAAUUUCCAUUAUUAAAAAAAUUUUAUAUCCUUCUGUUUUUCAAUUUGCUCAUUGUUCUUGGCUAUUGGACUGGGUUACUAUUUGCCAGCUCUUUUUCUCACUGGGAUUGUGGCAAUGAUGGGAGUUAUCAGUGCAUCGUAGCAAACUAUUUCACAAAGAUCAUUUGCAACUUGUCAUUUUCGUGA